AUGCGCCGGGAGUGGGAGAAGCUUGAGGCAGAGCGCCACCGACUCUCCGACUGGGAGGUCCGCCUGGACGACCGCAUCAACUCCGUCUCCGCCCGCUACGCCGAGGAGCGCGCCAAGCUCGUGCUGGGGCGCGAGCUCCUACGGGAGGAGAUGGAGCAGGCCCGCGACCGAGAGGCGGUUGCGCUCCAACGGGAAAAGGCGGCCACGCGGCGGGAAGCGGAAGCCCUUAAGCGGCAUAUCGCCACGGAGGAGAGGAUGUUGGCGGCGGCAGAUAGGGAGCGGACCGCCCUAGAGCUGGCGGCCCAGGCCAGGAAGGCGUCGGCAGUGGUCGAGGCGGAAAAGUCCGCCCUCGCAGAUUUGGCAGCGGCGGCAGCAAAGAGAGAAGAAGGGCUGGCCGCCCGCGAAGCAGAGAAGAUAGCCAGGAUGGAAGCCAUGGACAACCAUGAGCUGAGGGAGUACAUGUUACAAAAGAAAGGAACACUUCAGAGCCAGAUGAAAGUAACAAUUAAGAAGGUCCCAAGUAUGCAGAUAGUCUACCUGGGCAGCGACAGAAUGUCCCCCCGCGAUGUCCCUGAUCCAACGGCCAUCCAGCAGUGCUUGAGCUACGGUGUUGAUUAA